GCAGGGUGUGCUGUUUAGCAGGAAGUCAACUCUACACUGUAAUGCUCAUUUUAUGCAGAGAGCGAAUCACUACUGACAGCUCUCCUCUGUAAACGGUGGACUUUUGUCACUGCUCGGGACAAUGGCCGAAGAAAACAGUGCAAAAGGCUUCGUUGAUAGCAACAUUCACGUGGACGUCAAGGAUUAUUAUGGCAAGAGGCUGAAGAACUCCGCAGACCUAAAGAGCAAUGCCUGUGUGGCUCCAGCCCAGCGCAUCCCUGCCUUCAUCCGCCAGGCUCUGAAGAAAGUGCACCCCGAGGUCACUGCCAGGUACUAUGGCUGUGGUCUGGUGGUGCCAGAGUGCUUGGAGGGCUGCAGGAUACUGGACCUGGGCAGCGGAAGUGGGAGAGACUGCUACAUGCUGAGUCAGCUGGUGGGCGAGCAGGGCCAUGUCACUGGCAUUGACAUGACUGAGGAACAGCUUGAAGUGGCCAGGACGUAUGUGGACUAUCACACCAAAGAGUUUGGCUACAAGAAGCCCAAUGUCAAUUUUGUCCGGGGCUACAUUGAGGCCCUAACAGAAGCAGAUCUUGAAAAGAGCUCAUUUGACAUCAUCAUUUCCAACUGUGUGGUGAAUCUCUCUCCAGACAAGAGGCGAGUACUGGCUGAAGCCUACAGUGUGCUUAAGGAUGGUGGUGAACUCUACUUCAGUGACGUCUAUAGCAGUGGCAGGCUAACAGAGGAAAUUAAAAAUCACAAAGUCCUUUGGGGUGAGUGUCUUGGUGGAGCGCUCUGGUGGAAGGAUCUGCUACAGUUGGCUGAAGAAGUGGGCUUCAGUCCGCCACGGCUGGUAACAGCCAACAUCAUCACUGUGGACAACAAAGAGCUGCAGGACAUUCUGGGUGACUUCAAGUUUGUCUCUGCUACAUACCGCCUGUUCAAGGUUCCUAAAGGCAACACCAAGCCCUGUCAGGUCAUAUAUAACGGGAGCAUUACUGGAGUAGAGGACAGCUUCCAGUUUGACUGUCAGUACACGUUCAAGGUCAAUGAAGUGGCGGAGGUAGAUGGAGAGUUAGCCACCAUCCUGACCAAGUCCAGAUUUACAGAGGACUUCACUUUCCAGCCACCUGGAGGCCCCAGUGAGCCCUGCGGAGCCAAACCUAAGGCAGGCAUUGUGGAUCCUUUCGAGCUGGUCCUUCAGCUGGAGAAACAGAGUCCAGGUUCAGCCACAGGGGGAUGCUGCAGCACUAAGUCUGCUACCUGCUGCAAGUGAUUGUGGGAAGAGCACUGUGAAAUACAGGCUCAGCAUCAUAAUGUGUUUGCAUCAUAACAGUAGUACAAAUGUACUGACUUAAUUUUGCAUCAUGUAGUGUCAUAAUCUUGUGUCUUAUUAACAUUUCAAAAAGAUUUCAGCAAUCAAAAAAAAUCAAAAUUAAUAACUUCAACACAAACAUCUGUGCUGUUGAUGUUUGGCGCCCACUUUCCUCUUAAUCCCCACAACCUCAUUUAAUUUAUUCAUAUAAAAAUGUUGCAUGAGUAUGACUUUUGGUUUUAUUAAGGCAGGAUCCAAAUCCCUACAAAUUCAAAACUUGUACAUAAUCUUGGACAGAACUGCCUUUUUUUCUAUAAGGCUUUUUUCCAUCUGUCUACAAUCUUAGACAUCUGAAUUUCUUAACUGUGCCAUUCACACCUUCAUCAGACUUUCCCACCUAUGCCUUCACAAAUAACAUCAGUACUGUUGUAAUACCUCUAAUUUAAUUGUUUUUUUUAAAUACAUAAUAGUAGUAGUAGUAGUAGUAGUAGUAGUAGUAGUAGUAGUAGUAGUA